AUGCCUCGUCCAACGCUUCCCCCUACGCCUGGCUCCUCGACCGACAUCAGGGGCAAGGAUGGCAUCCAGCAGCUCUCUUCUCUUCAACUAGCCUUUGAGCUGCCCCCUCCUGCCAUUCACGAUGCCGAUGCUUCACGCAUUUCACCAAUCGACUCUAAGCUCUCGCCCACCUCGACAACCGGUCCUUCAGCCCUAGGGCUGGACACUGCCACAUCGCCCAAGACCCUUUAUCCUGUGCAAGCGGCUGAAACGGUCAAGUCCCGAAGACGCUCGUCCGCUGCCAAUAAAGAGGCCAAGGAGACCACUUUUGCCCUGCCCCCUCCCCCUACGCGCUCCAGGAAGAUCAUCCAGAUGAAGCCCCGAAGUCAGGACUCGAGCGGAAGCUCGACUUCUACCAAAGAAACGGUCAAGGCCGGCGGCAAGUCGGCGGCCAGCGCCAAGACUUCGGCUCCGGGAGCCGAGCCCGGGUCCGGCGCCGGGAGUGCCUCGGCCAAGAGCGAAUCAAAGAAGAAACAGCCCAGCGCAACCAGCGCGGCCGGGCGUAAAAUCGCGAGGAAAACUGCCCACAGCCUGAUUGAGAGGCGACGACGGAGCAAGAUGAAUGAGGAGUUUGCGCUGCUGAAGAGCAUGAUCCCGGCUUGCACCGGCGAGAUGCACAAGCUAGCCAUUUUACAGGCUUCGAUUGAGUAUGUCCGCUACCUGGAGGACUGCGUCGCCAAGUUAAAGGCCCAGCAAGAACAGAACCAGCAGAACCAGCCAGAGGCUUCACACAGCCCCCUGCCUCCCAUUCGAGAAUUCCAUCCCACUUUCCGGGAAGACCUAUCUGCGGAUGUCGAAAUGACUGAUUCAGAGGCUCAAUCUCCCAUCUUUGCUCCCCAGCGACCUUCAGUCUCUCCUGCGCUCUACGCUCAAGACUCUCGCCAUCGCCAGCACUCAUACUCGUCGGUUUCCACCGACCAGAGACAUUACAGCUACAGCGGGUCAACCACAACAUCUCCUGCCUUUGGGCCUCAGACCUUUGUCAACAACAACAGCAACAGCCUUGCUUCUUACACGCACAGUAGCACUUCUGCUUCUGGAUCAACGUUGACAAGCCCUGCAUUGUUGCCGCAGAGCGAUCUCGACCAAGAGGCGACUGCGGCGCUGUUGAUGCUUAAUAGCGACAGACGGGGAACGGCGAAUAACAACAACGGACGAGCACUGUCUGUGCGAGAUUUGCUAAGCUCAUAG